AUGGUGGAGAUACUUGACAAUAUCUGGGCAGAUCGGACAAGAUGGAAUACCCUUUUGACUGCAGCGGUGGAGGCCAAUUCUGAUAUCUUUGUUCAAUAUAUCUUGUCCAAGUUGCCAGAUGAAGAACUAUCCUUUCGAUUUGAGCCAACGGAGUUAGAUAUGACAGCUGCUCAAGCCUUGAAGAAAUUACUUGCCAAGUUGAAGCUCAAAUCUUUAGAUGUCCCCGUUAUGGGAGAUCGUGCGGAAGAAGACGCCAUUGUGUAUCUUCUCCAGGCCUUGCAGAGCACAAAUAUUGCAGCAUUGACAAUUAGGACUGCGAAUGGUGAAUGGUUCGGCGACGGGUUAUACGAAGCAGAGCAGAAAGCAGCCGCAUUGGAGUCUUUCGUGUCAAACACUCAAUGUUUGGGAUCCCUCACAUUUGAAAAUCUUCGCCCCGAACACCCUGUUUCAACGAAAUACUUUGAUGCGAUUAUCAACGGCAUGAAAUGCAACAAGCACAAGUGCAUCAAGCAUUUGUCCUUCGAUGGCUUGGCAUUAGUGUCUUUUGAAGAACUAGAUGAUCUGUUCCUGACAGGUGCAUCCAAGAUACACCUGGAGUCCUGUGAACUUUCUGAUCUCCACAGAAGAAGGGAUUCUAGGAGGCCCGAGAACACAUUUCAGGAUCUCUGGGAUCUUUGCCAUGUAGAAGAACUUACCAUUGAGGAUGCGCAAUUUGGUGGCACUGGAUGGUGCUUCUCUCGUUUCAUGACGAAGAUUGGAAACCUUCCUUUCCUGACAGAGCUGCGUCUGUUUAACGUGGACUUAGUUGAAAGCGGCAAUACGAGGGAAGUAACAGAAGCUGUGGUGACCCUGUUGGAGCAAGGACUGCUCAGAAGGUUGGAAUUCCAUUUCCCAAUUGAUAUUCCUGUUCUUUGCAGGCAUCUCCAAGACAAUACCAGUCUUGUUGACCUUUGCCUUGGAUUUAUUUUCCAAAACGAGUGUAGGCGGUGUUGUGAACUUCUUGACGAUGUGUUGAGGGAUCACAAUGUGACACUGGAGUCCCUGGCACUGACCCAUGAUAAUGUUGAAUACAAGACACCUGGGCAAAAGGCAAGCUAUUUCAUGUCAUUGAAUCGGUUGGGCCGCAGGAAGAUGCGGUGUGAAGAAGUCCUUCCAGUCUCUUUCCUUGAUAUUAUAUUGGCUGCCUUAUCAGAGGAGGAUUCCAAUAUGGUGGUCCCAUUUGUCUACGGUCUUUUGCGAGAGUCGCCAUCGAAGUGGACCAGUUUUGCACAAACAAGAAAACACGAGGGCGGAACUAGAAAGCGAAAGCUGAAAUCUUUGCAGGCAGAGUAA